CCUCUGCAAGUCAAUCAAUACACACACCCAUAAUAUAUACAUACAAUUUCCUUAUAUUUUUAUAUCUUCCCAAAGUCAAAAAACUAUAAAUUAAACAAAUUUCUUGGGAGAAAAACCAAAGAUCACAAAAACUCUUUUCUUCAGGUCAGUGUAUCAGUUUCAACUUCUUCUACUGGUUCGAUUCAUUAGCAGGAAAUUGUUAAGUGGGGUUUUGGAUUAGUGUUGAGUUUUUGAUUAAAAGAGGGAAUUAUGUUGAGUGGUGAAAUUUAGAUUGGUUAUCCAUGGGGUGUGUUUUAGGGAAAGAGGGUUCUUCGGUCGUAGUGUAUAAUGGUCCGGAAGGGAGAAGGGAGAUUGGGAACGGAAGGAGGAGUAAGAGUAAUGUGAGUGUUGAAGUUAGUGAGAGUUCAGAAGUUGGUGCCAGUACGGUUGAGAAUAGUAAUGGUGUUGGUAAUGAGGUUGUUGAGACGGAGAAGGUGGAGAAAGAGGGGAGGUCAAAGGGUGAGAGAAGAAAAGGGAAGGCAAAUCCUAGGUUGAGUAGUUUUGCUAAGAGUAGACAUGGAGAGCAGGUUGCAGCUGGAUGGCCACCUUGGCUUUCGGAUGUUCUUGGCGAAGCACUUGAGGGUUGGUUACCUCGACGUGCCGACAGUUUUGAAAAAAUCGACAAGAUUGGGCAAGGAACUUAUAGCAAUGUGUACAAAGCUAGAGAUAAUAUAACAGGUAAAAUUGUGGCAUUAAAGAAGGUGAGAUUCGAUAAUUUGGAACCUGAGAGCGUGAAGUUCAUGGCUAGAGAAAUUGUCAUUUUGCGGAGACUUGAUCAUCCAAAUGUCAUUAAAUUGGAAGGUUUGGUCACUUCAAGGAUGUCAUGCAGUUUGUAUCUGGUAUUUGAAUAUAUGGAACAUGAUUUGGCUGGUUUAGCUGCAAGCCCAGGCGUUAAGUUUACAGUAGAGCAGGUUAAAUGUUAUAUGCAACAGCUUUUAUCUGGACUUGAGCACUGUCACAAGCGUAAUGUGCUUCAUCGUGACAUAAAAGGGUCGAAUCUUCUUCUUGAUAAUGGGGGAAUCCUUAAAAUAGCUGAUUUUGGGUUGGCUACAGUGUUUAAUCCAAAACACAAACAUCCCAUGACUAGCCGGGUUGUUACACUGUGGUAUCGGCCUCCAGAACUUCUUCUUGGUGCUACUGAUUAUAGUGUUGGCAUUGAUUUAUGGAGUGCAGGUUGCAUAUUAGCUGAGUUGUUGGCUGGAAAACCUAUCAUGCCUGGUCGCACAGAGGUAGAACAGCUGCAUAAGAUUUACAAGCUCUGUGGUUCACCUUCGGAUGAAUAUUGGAAAAAGUCAAAAUUGCCAAAUGCAACUCUAUUUAGACCUCGAGAACCUUACAAGCGAUGCAUUUCAGAGACAUUUAAAGCCUUCCCGCCAUCAUCAUUGCCAUUGAUCGAGACUCUUCUUGCAAUUGACCCUGCAGAGCGGAAGACAGCAACACAUGCACUAAAAACUGAAUUUUUUACUACAGAACCAUUUGCCUGUGAUCCUUCUAGCCUCCCAAAAUAUCCUCCUAGCAAAGAAAUGGAUGCUAAACGACGGGAUGAUGAAGCUCGAAGAGGAAGAGCUGCUAGUAAAGCCCAAGGUGACGGUGGUAAGAGAACGCGAACUAGGGCAGUUCGAGCAUAUCCUGCUCCUGAAGCUAAUGCUGAGCUGCAACCUAAUCUUGAUCGACGGCGUUUAGUUAGCCAUGCAAAUGCCAAGAGCAAGAGUGAAAAGUUUCCACCACCUCAUGAGGAUGGAGGACUUGGUGUUCCCUUGGGUGCCUCACAUCACAUGGAUCCUACCUAUAUUCCCACUGAUGUGCCAUUUAGUUCCAAUUCACUCUCAUACUCUGUUGAACCUGUUCAAAAUUGGUCUGGCCCAUUGGUGGACCCUGCUUCUGCUGGUGGUGCAAGGCGAAAGAAGCAGAUUGCAAAUGAUGCACGAGCUGCAAGAAAAGAAUUUACAAGUAAGGACAAGUAACUAUUUUUGCGGUUUAAUGUGUAAAGGGUUUAAAGUCUAGUGGUAUACGCCCUAGGUUUGAGAUGCUUGCAGAUUGACUAGUGGUGCCAAACUGUCAGGAUUCGGGUAGAUUAUUCAAAGCAGGAGCUUAUAUUAAACCUUUAAAAGUUUUUUUUUUUUUUUUAAAUUGUUUCAUUUGGUUUUAAAGUCGUUCAUCUUUAUAUCUUCCAAAGUAGAGGGCUAUUUGUUCAUGAUCAUCAUUGAUUUUGUUUGGACGGUGUAAAGAUUCUCGUCUAUAAUUUGGCAUUUAGAGCA